AUGAUUGCAAAGUCCUCCAAGGUCAAGAUUGCGGUUAUUGGGGUUGGCCUCAUCGGUCCAAGACACUGCAGAACGAUAAUAACGUCGUCCGACGCCACUCUCACUGCCAUUGUCGAUCCACUUCGGCAGGGUGCGAAGCUCGCCGAGGAGCUCGGUACGAAGCACUAUAAGUCAAUUCAAGACCUUUUGAUGUCUCCAGAGAAGCCUGACGCCGCCAUCGUUUGUACGCCCAAUCAGACCCACGUGCCCAUCGCGAAGGAGCUCGCAGAUGCAGGCAUCCAUGUACUAGUGGAGAAACCAAUCAGCCCAGACGUCGAAAGUGGCAGGGACUUGGUGAACCAUACGCAGAAGACUAGGACUCACGUAUUAAUUGGCCACCAUCGUCGGCAUAAUCCGUAUAUUGCCGUCGCCAGAAACGCUGUCGCAUCUGGCUCACUUGGGGACAUUAUCGCCGUUAAUGGCCUCUGGGCCCUUUUCAAACCGGUGGAUUAUUUUGAAGCGCCAACGGAAUGGCGGAAAGGCAAAAAUGGUGGCGUGGUUUUGAUAAAUUUCAUACAUGAGAUUGACCUACUGCAUCAUCUCUUUGGCCCAAUCGUCCGAGUUCACGCGGAACAAAUGAAGCGGAUGCGCGGCUAUGAAGUCGAAGAAGGAGCUGCCAUCACUCUUAAAUUUUUAUCUGGAACUGUGGGUACUUUUUUGUUCUCAGAUAACCUUCCGUCUCCAUAUUCUUUCGAGGCUGGAACAGGCGAAAACCCUCUCAUUCCAAAAGUGGGUGCAAGUUUCUAUCACAUAUUCGGCACCAACGCUUCGUUGAGUAUUCCUGAUAUGACUAGAUGGUCAUAUGAUGGGGUCGUAAAAUCAUGGCAUGAGCCUAUAACGCAGAGGAGAUUGGAAGUUAAGGAGAGCGUACCUUUUGAGUUGCAGCUGGCCCACUUUGUGAGAGUCUGCAGAGGCGAGGAGCAGCCAAGUUGUACUGCUGAGGAUGGUUUGGCGGCACUGAUUGUUUGUAACGCAGUGAAAAGAGCAAUUCAGACAGGCGACACAGUAGACAUAGACGAGUUGAAAGGCAGAACCUUCGGAUCUUCAAUCUGA